AGUGGAGAUCAGACCUGUCUCUUGCUUUGUACGAUGGAUUCUGGAUGGUCUAAGCAGCGUGUCUCUGCCACGUAACAUUCGCAUCGUAGUGUCAUUUCGCUCGUUGUCGCCGAAUACGCCAAAAUGCCAAACACGAAGACAGUAAGCGUACCACAUUUAGGCGGUAUCGACGCCGCAUACCAGAUGCAGCGGCAGUACGACCCGUCUAAGCCCACGCUCGUUCUGGUCAACAGUUUCACGACGUCGUCCGAGCUAUACCGAGGUCAGUUUGCCAACGAGGAGCUCAACAAUGCAAUGAACCUUAUCGCCAUCGAAUUGCUCGGCCAUGGACAGACCAGGACCAGGCUGGAGAACUUCACUUACUGGGAUACUGCGAUUAUGAACGUGCAGGUCCUGGACGCACUGGGCAUGACCGGAGGCGGCCGCAAGGUGUUCGUAUUGGGGACGAGCCAGGGCGGUUGGAUUACCGUCCGCAUGGCGCUUUUCGCUCCCGACAAGAUUACCGGCAUCAUCCCGCUUGGCACUUCGAUGGACAGUGAGUCUGAUCGCACCAGAAAACUGGGUUGUUGGGACGGUCCCGCAGACUUGAAGCCCAAUAUCAAAGCCUGGUCGACCAACGAUGACACGGCCAAAUUCGAGCCAAGCGAAGAGUACUGCAACUUUCUCAUCGACAUUGGCUUCGGGAAAGACUGUCCAACCGAUGCUCGCAAGUUCUGGGUGAACGAGAUCAAGGCGAACUACCAAGGUGAUGAGGGGCGACGCCGGAUCCGGAUGGCCGCCAUCAACCUAAGUGAGCGCGAUGGUCUGCACAGCAGGCUGUUCGAUAUCAGAUGUCCCGUGCUGUGGUUGCAUGGUACAGCAGAUUGCGUGUACUCAGUGAAGAAUGCAGAGGAGGAGAUCAGACUGUUCGAAAACAGCCCUGAUGCGAAGCUGAAAGUGAUUGAGGGUGGCCAGCACUUCUUGUCCUUCAGCCAUCCGAAAGAGGUCGACAACGCUCUGAUCGAGUUCGUCGGUAAGUACGGCAAAUGAAGGAUGUGAUCUGCGAGAUGUGAAGCAUCGUCAAAGAUUGGACGAGGCGACUGAUGAUGCGACAUCAUGUAUUAUGUUAAUUAUUUGCAAAUAUAUACAAAAUUCGACAGCCUUUUCGCGGGCGUCUAGACGUAGCUCGUGACGUUGUACAUCACUCUAUGCCGGUGUGCCGUAAGGUCAUUCCACUGCGCCCAUGCAGACCCCUCUUUAAGACUGGAAGAACUC